AUGCAAGUUCUCUUCGCCCUGUCAAAUUUGACAGGACGAAAAAAUACUUGGGCCUUAGGGCUCAAGCUUCACGACCCAAACGUGUUUGAGUCGUUGGAGAUUUUGAAGUCUUGGCUCAAAGAGACUUAUGAGCCGCCGAUAGCCGAGCUCAGAGCACGCUCUGCAAUCUUGAGACUAAAGCAAGGUAAGCGUGUCGUGCACGCUUACGCACAGCACCUGCGCUACCUUGCGAGUAGCGUUACGGAUAACCCUGUUGAUGAGCACACGCUCAUCAACGUGUUCAUCUACGGUCUUGUGGAUGGGCCGGUCAAGACCUACAUGUUCCGAGAGGACUUCCAUUCGCUGGAAAAGGCGAUAGCGUAUGCGGAACAAGACACUUCAGCCUGA